AUGAUGCUCUCGCUGCCUCUUCCGGCACUGAGGCGACUCAGCGUCUGGAGCCUGGGAGGGAAGCUCCUCGCGUGCCGGGGCUUUUCCAUCUCGUCCCCGCUCAGCCAAAGCAGAGCCAUGACCAAGGGCCUUGUUUUAGGCAUCUAUGCCAAAGAAAAGGAUGAUGAUACUCCUCAGUUUACAAGUGCAGGAGACAAAUUUGAUCAACUUGUCUCUGGAAAACUCAGAGAACUUUUGGCCCUAUCUGGGCCUCCACUGAAGGCAGGCAAAACACGUAUAUUUUAUGGUCUUCAUCAGGACUUUCCCAGUGUUGUUGUAGCUGGCCUGGGUAAAAAGACAUCUGGAAUAGAUGAACUGGAAAACUGGAAUGAAGGCAAAGAAAACAUCCGAGUUGCUGUUGCAGCUGCAUGCAGGCAAAUUCAGGACCUGGAAAUUACUUCUGUGGAAGUGGAUCCCUGUGGAGAUGCUCAGGCUGCUGCAGAAGGAGCUGUUCUUGGUCUCUAUGAGUUUGAUGAGCUAAAGCAAAAAAAGAAGACCGUAGUUUCUGCUCAACUCUAUGGGAGUGGUGAUGAUGAAGCUUGGCAGAAAGGAGUUGUGUUUGCUAAUGGGCAGAAUCUAGCCCGACACUUGAUGGAAACACCAGCCAAUAAAAUGACUCCAACCAGAUUUGCAGAAAUCAUUGAGCAGAAGCUCAAGAGUGUGAGUAGCAACACAACGGUCCACAUAAGGAACAAAUCUUGGAUUGAGGAUCAAGCAAUGGGAGCCUUCCUAAGUGUCUCAAAAGGGUCAGAUGAACCACCAGUUUUCUUAGAUCACUAUACAGGCAGUCCAAAUGCAGAUGACUCACCUUUGGUGUUUGUUGGAAAAGGAAUUACCUUUGAUAGUGGUGGCAUCUCAAUCAAACCAUCUGCAAACAUGGAUCUUAUGAGAGCUGACAUGGGAGGGGCAGCAACUAUAUGUUCGACCAUCAUCACAGCAGCAACUCUAAACUUACCACUUAAUCUUAUUGGUUUGGCUCCACUUUGUGAAAAUAUGCCCAGUGGGAAGGCAAACAAACCAGGAGAUGUUGUUAGGGCGAAGAAUGGGAAAACGAUACAGGUUGAUAAUACAGAUGCAGAGGGGAGGCUCAUAUUAGCUGAUGCUCUCUGUUAUGCCCACACAUUUAAUCCAAAGGUUAUAAAUGCUGCAACAUUAACAGGUGUGGGGAGAAAUGGCUAUGAAUCUGCCCCUCUUAUGACUGAAAUUGUCCUUCCUUCAACAUCUGGGGAAGUUGGAGCUGGGUAUAUCCACUUCCUAUAG